AUGGAGGCUCAACCGCUACCACCACAGCCGCCAUCGCCGUCACGGGAACCCGAACAGGUAGCUCACCCACAGCGGCGCCGGCGUCGAAGACCAGCUUUCUCGUGCCAGGAAUGUCGUCGGCGUAAAAUCAAGUGCAACCAAAACAAUCCGUGCGGGCACUGUGUGCGCUUUAAGACCAAGUGCACAUACAAAACAUAUCGCGCGGAUGAAGAGCCCAUCACGGGCUCGAUUUAUUUCAGCCGGCAGCAGCCGGCAGCACAAUUGCAAGGUCAUGAUAUCCCGGGCAGCUCACAGCCUGGUGUCUCGAGUACGGGGUCUGCAGUCACUGGCAGUUUGUUUCCCAAUCUGCUUCCCGAGUUUGAGUCUCGAAGGAUCAUCGGCGAAUCUGCCCCAGUAUUAUCAGAAGCUAGUUCGGCAUCUUUGGACCAUCAGUUGCCAGAGGACACGCAAAAGUGGCAAGCGAUCUUUGAAAAGCCUAGGGACUGGGGCAAAUCUCAAUGGAAAGGUGGGGCUAAUGAAUUUGGCCUUCUGAUGGCUUGUUAUAGAGCGAUCUUAAGCAAGGAGAGCCAGGCGGGCUCACAACAAGAGCACCCUGAGGUCUCAGUGCUGGUCUCCCAAGCCGGCGAUUCGCUUCAGGAUUGCAAAACUAUAGCAAGAAACAUCAAACUCAGCCGACCUAGCAGAGGACCACAGUUCCCGGGAUUCGGACUGCCUCCGUUGCCCCGCGAGAUGGCAGAUACUAUGGCCACUCUCUACAUAGAUUAUUUUGAAUCGGCGCUUCGGAUUCUUCACAUACCGACUUUUUGGUCUGAGUACAGGAAAUACUGGGAUGAUUCUGAUCGUAUCGCGCUUAAUGAACAACUCAAAAUUUAUCUCGUGGUUGGUAUAGGAUCUAGUUUAUAUGACCACGGAGAUAGAGCCGCGACCCUCCGGAAUAUCGACUUGGUUCAACAAUGGAUAUACACUGCACAGACAUGGCUAUCUGGGCCUCUGGAAAAGGACCGACUCGAUGUCUCUGGGAUUCAAAUUUUCUGUUUGACCAUUCUCUCUCGGCAGAUUUUUUCCAUCGGUGAUGAUUUGACAUGGACAUCAGUCGGAUCUCUUAUCCAUGGUGCCAUGCAGAUCGGGUUGCACCGUGAUCCAAAGAAUCUUCCCGCGAAGAUAUCAGUUCUACAAGCCGAAGUGCGUCGCAGACUUUGGUACACGGUUCUCGAAUUAGUCGUCCAGUCAUCCCUUGAUGCGCGGAUGCCACCAAGGAUAUCAUGGAACGAUUUUGAUACUGAGCUACCUUCGCACAUCAAUGACGAUCAAAUAAACGACACGACAACAGAACUCCGGCCUGUCGCGAGAUCCGCGUUCACUGAUACAUCUGCCCAACUCGCCUUGAUUGAUUCACUGUCAAGCCGCAUUCAGAUCGUUCAAAAUCUCAAUGGGCUCCAUGCCACGACCUCAUAUGACCAAGCUCUCUCUUUCAGCUCUGAACUUAUGGCCUCUCUUCAGGCCUGUCAUCGCCUUACGGACAAUGAUGUAUCUACUCCUUUCCACCGAAAUAUGCUGGACUUUCUUGUUCGCCGCUUCAUAAUUCCGCUACAUUACUCUUUCAGUAAUCAGGCGUAUCGAAACCCGCUAUUCCAUUAUUCUUCUCGGAUAAGUCUUGACACCGCCCUCGCCAUCAUUUCUCCAGAGCCGGAUAGCACCUUCUCUCGGCUGAUAUCGAUUGGCAGCGGACCUUUUCGGGAGAGCAUUCGAUGUGCUACAUCGGUCAUUAGCCUCGAGCUGCUCAGGCACGUGGAAAACCAGCAAUUCAGUGGUACCUUGCAAAGAACCCAUCAAUAUCGUGAAUUUCUGAAAAAGGCUGUCCGAGAUCUCAUUGAUCUAUCAGAGGAACGUAUCAAGCUGGGUGAGACUAACGUAAAAAACCACAUGUUCUUGUGCAUGAUCCUGGCCCAGGUCGAGGCUACGGAGGCGAGCGCACCUGUCGACCUGCAGGUUGUACGAGCUGCGAGAGACAGCUUGGAAAUGUGCAGUAAAAUAUUAAUGAUGCGGGAGGAUACCGGCAUCAUGCAGUCAUCUAAAAAUCUUGAUUUGACAAUAGCGAGAAUGGAGGACAACGGGACAGGCAAUGGACUGGGACUGGAUUUUGACCGGGACCUUUUCUUUUUCGACCCGACUUUCAGCUGA